CUGGUCAACGUUGAAGACCGGGGAGUGAGCUGUCACUGAGAGGUGAUUCUCUCGAGUUCCCUCCCCCUCCCCGUUUCCAUGGCUUCCCCUCCGCCGUUUCUCCUCCUCCUCCUCCUCCUCCUCGCACUCUUCUCUCCACUCAACCCGCGCUCUCGAGCCGCGAAGCUGCCGUUCCACCCCGAGGACAUACUCCCUCUUCUGCCGAGGCAGCUCUCCUGGCCCCUACUCAACGCCCUUCGCCGUCCGGUGGACCUGUUGCCGACCUUCGUCGGCGCGGCUUCUGCCUCCAACGGCUCUCUGGAGUGGAAAGGAGCCUGCUUCUACGAGAGCACGGCUUGGAUGGAGUUCCACAACAAGACCGGGAGUGAGUUCGGCGGAGGCACGCUUCACAUCAAGGUCAGCAAAGCCCAUAGCUGGACAUGUAUGGAUAUUUAUGUCUUUGCAACCCCAUAUCGUGUGACAUGGGACUACUAUUUUUUAUCCCGUGAGCACACAUUCGAGUUUAAAGAGUGGGAAGGAAAAGCUGAGUUUGAAUAUGUGAAAAGUAGAGGAGUGUCAAUCUUUCUUAUGCAAGCUGGGAUGCUAGGGACCCUUCAAGCACUGUGGGACGUGUUUCCCUUGUUUUCAAAUAAUUGGUGGGGGGAGAAAUCUAACAUUGGUUUUCUCAAGAAGCAUAUGGGUGCUACAUUUGAGCAACGUCCCCAGCCCUGGGUUACAAACAUCAGCAUUGACGAUAUCCACACUGGAGAUUUCCUUGCAAUUUCAAAAAUUCGUGGGAGGUGGGGUGGUUUUGAGACUCUAGAGAAAUGGGUCAGUGGGGCAUAUGCUGGUCACACAGCUGUGUGCUUAAAGGAUUCUGAAGGAAAGCUAUGGGUUGGUGAAUCCGGACAUGAUAAUGAACAGGGGGAAGAUAUCAUUGCUGUGCUACCGUGGGAUGAAUGGUGGGAGUUUGAGCUUAACAAAGAUGACUCCAAUCCCCACAUUGCAUUGCUUCCGCUGCAUCCUGAUAUGCGAGCCAAAUUUAACGAGACUGCAGCAUGGGAGUAUGCACUGAGUAUGAAUGGGAAACCGUAUGGUUAUCACAACAUGCUCUUUAGCUGGAUAGACACUAUCGAUGCAAAUUAUCCACCGCCAUUGGACGCUCAUGUGGUUGCUUCUGUUAUGACAGUAUGGAACCAAAUACAACCAGCCUAUGCUGCGAACAUUUUGAAUGAAGCACUGAACAAGCGGCUAGGAACAGAGGGCUUGGAUCUUCCUGAGCUAUUAGUUGAAACUGAAACGAGGGGGUCGUCUUUUGCUGAACUGCUGACAAUUCCAGAGCAAGACGAUUGGGUGUACAGUGAUGGGAAGUCCGCCUCAUGUGUAGCUUUCGUUCUUGAAAUAUACAAAGCAGCAGGACUCUUUGAUCCAAUUUCUAGCUCCAUUCAAGUUACAGAGUUCACUAUAAAAGAUGCUUACUCGCUAAGGUUCUUCGAGAAUAAUUCAAGCCGCUUGCCUGAGUGGUGCAAUGAUGGGGAUGGCGUUGAACUUCCGUUCUGUCAAAUACGAGGUAGGUAUCGAAUGGAGCUGCCGGGAUACAAUACAGUGGACCCGUACCCUCAUAUGAAUGAGAUGUGUCCAUCAUUGCCGCCAAAGUAUUCCAGGCCAUCCGAUUGCUAGCACACAUUUCGUAUGAUGGGCAUAGAACUUUGUAUAUUGGUAGGCGAUUCCUUCAUAUUGUAGCUUAUAACUGCAUAUUUCUCUGGAGAAUGUGCCAUCUUACAUAGUAAUCAAAGAACCGUGGGCUGCAUGGAUUCAGAAA